AUGAAUGAAAAAGGAAUAUUACAUGGAUUGUCUUGUCUUUCAAUUAAUGAUAGAUAUAUUAUUAAUCAUGAAGAAGCCCCAUCAGAAGUUUUGUGGAAAAAAAAUCUUAAAAAACAAACUAUUUUUGAUAAAUAUCUUUUAACAAGGAUAAGAUUGUCGAAAACAGGAAUAGAUGAGGAUAAAGAAUUUAAAUUGGUGUUUAUUGUUGGGUUAGAAGAUUCAAAAAUUGAAUUUUCAUCUAUUGCAUCAGUUUUGAAGUGUAAAUCAUUACAUAUGGUGCCAUCAGAAUUAGUAUUUGAUUUUUUUGGAGUAAAAAGUGAACAAGUAUCUCUUUUUUGUCUUAGAAAGGAAAAUAUAUCAAAAAUACAUCUUGUUUUAGAUUCUCGGAUACUUGUAAAGGAAGAAUUGCUUGCAUUUCGUUUGUCAAGCAAUAAAACUGUUUUUAUAACAAGCGAUCAAUUAUUAAAGUACCUUGUAGAUUUAGAUGUAAAAAGAACAGAUAUAGAUUUAUCGUUAAAACAAAAAGCUAAUUUUCAAUCGAAAGUUUCACUUUCUAAUAAAGAUGGUUUACAAGAAGGUACAUUGAUUGGUAUUACUGUUAAAAAAAAAGAUAAUUUUUCUGAAUGGUAUCGUCAAGUGCUAAUUAAGGGUGAAUGGUUUGAUUCUGAGAUUAAAAAAAUGGGAGUUGAGGGUUGUUAUUUUCCUAUGUUUGUAUCUUCAAAAGUUCUUGAGAAAGAAAAAGAUCAUAUAGAAGGAUUUGCUCCAGAAGUUGCGUGGAUAACGAAAGCUGGGAAUUCCAAUCUUGAAGAACCGAUUGCUAUUCGCCCAACUUCAGAAACGAUUAUGUAUUCGUAUUAUUCUAAAUGGAUAAGAAGUCAUCGUGAUUUGCCAUUAAAACUUAAUCAAUGGAAUUCUGUUGUUAGAUGGGAAUUUAAACAUCCUCAGCCUUUUUUGAGGACACGAGAGUUUCUCUGGCAAGAAGGUCAUACAGUGUAUUUAAAUAGAAAAGAGUCUGAGAAAGAAGUUUUUGAAAUUUUAGAUUUGUAUGAAAAAGUCUAUAUUGAUCUGCUUGCAGUUCCGGUAAUUAAAGGAAUAAAAUCAGAAAAAGAGAAAUUUGCUGGUGCAGCUUUUACAGCGACAAUUGAAGGAUAUAUUCCUGCCUCUGGAAGAGCUAUUCAGGCUGCAACAAGUCAUUCAUUGGGACAAAAUUUUAGCAAGAUGUUUGAUAUUUGUGUUGAAAAUCCGGAUACAAAAGUUACUGGUGAAAAAUCAAAGAUUUAUGUUUGGCAAAAUUCAUGGGGUCUUUCGACAAGAGCAAUUGGAAUUAUGAUAAUGACUCAUGGUGAUGAUAAAGGAUUGGUCAUACCUCCUAAAGUUUCAAAAAUUCAGGUAAUUGUUAUUCCCUGUGGAAUUACUGUUAAAACAACAAAUGAUGAGCAAAAAUUAAUUCAAGAUGGAGUUGAAAAUAUUGUUCAAGAGCUUAAAAAAGCAGGGAUUCGUGUUAAUUCGGAUUCCCGGACUUUAUAUUCUCCAGGUUGGAAAUUUUCUCAUUGGGAAAUGAUGGGAGUUCCAUUACGAUUGGAAUAUGGAUUGAAAGAUCAUAAAGCAUCUCAAGUUAUUGCUGUGCGUCGAGAUACUGGUAUUAAAUUUGCAGUUCCACUUUCUACACUUUUACAAACUGUUUCUGAAUUGUUGACAACAAUUCAGUCUGAUUUAUAUAAGAAAGCAAAAAAAAUGUAUGAUGAAAAUAUUCAAAUUGUUUAUAAAUGGGAUGACUUUGUCCCUUCGCUUAAUAAAAAGAAAGUUUUACUUGUUCCAUGGUGUAAAAUAUCAUCAUGUGAAGAGAAAAUACGACAAAGAAGUUCAAAUGAAUCAAAUAUAGAAUUAGAUGAAGAAGAAACUUUAUUAAGUAUGGGUGCAAAAAGUCUUUGUAUACCUUUAGAACAACCAUCUGGCGAAUAUCUUUUGAAAGGUAUAACUCGCUGUGUUGCCUGCGAGAACUUUGCUACAACUUUUGCACUUUUUGGUCGUAGUUAUUAG